CCGUGUCUAAUUUCCUGGCUAGUGUAUGUUGCCCCUCUCUACUUGUCUUGUUCGUGUGCCGCAUCCUCAGCAUGUGUGCUUGGGAGAACGAGGUGCGGAUAUGAUGGUGUUUCGACCUGGCCCGCUGACUGCUCCUCGCCGUGGCUUUGCACAGUCCAUAUUUUCCGACAGCACGUACAGCAAGCCGUUUUUUGUGGUAUACAUCAACAGCUCAAUGUUUGCCAUCUCAUUAAUACCCAUAGCGAUACGAUAUAUCUUGCGGAACGGCGGGUUUGGCCAGGUGCGGAGCCUCGCAUUGCAGGCGUGGAAGGAGCGACACCACUCGUCGUCCGCGGGGACAAAAACGUUCAAUGAGGAAGAGGCGGCGUUCAUGGCGGACGACCAGCUUACGAUAGACGACGAGGCGAGCCUCGAGGGUUUCGAGACCCAAGGCCCUCGCAACAGCAGCAGCAGCCACACCCGCAGCAAAAGCAUAGCUUCGGACGCAAAGCUGACACUAUGGGAAACGGCGGGGCUGAGCCUCGAGUUUAGCAUCCUCUGGGUGCUCGCCAACUACUUUGCGUCGGCAUGCCUUGAGUACACGAGCGUCGCAAGCAGCACGAUCCUCACGUCGACCAGUAGCAUAUGGACACUGAUCUUCUGCGCCGUCCUCAAGAUCGAAUCCUUUAGCAUUCGCAAACUGCUUGCGGUCCUGGGCUCGCUCGUUGGCGUGAUUCUCAUCUCGAGCAUCGACCUCUCGGGAAAGGACAAUGACGACGGAAGAGGCGACUUUCCGCACAAGAGCCAGCGCGAAAUUGCCAUUGGCGAUACCAUGGCGUUCAUUAGCGCUCUCGUGUACGGCGUGUACGUCGUCGUCAUGAAGGUCCGCAUCGGUAACGAGAGCCGCGUCAACAUGCCAGUGUUCUUUGGCCUCGUGGGAACUUUCAACAUUUGCCUGCUCUGGCCCGUCUUCUUCAUCCUGCACAUGACUGGAAUAGAGCCCUUUGAGCUACCCCCUGCAGCGCAUAUUUGGGGCAUCAUCCUCUUCAACUCCGUAGCCAGCUUCGUCGCCGACAUGUCGUGGGCCUAUGCCAUGCUGCUGACCACGCCGCUAGUUGUGACCGUGGGCCUGUCGUUGACGAUCCCGCUAUCACUCGUCGGCGAGAUGAUCCAGUACGGGCAGUACUCGAGCUUCUUAUACUGGGUCGGCGCCGUGAUUGUGGUCCUCAGCUUCAUCUUUGUGAACCAUGAGAGCCACGACGAUGAGGCUGAGAGCCAUGCGACAAAGGAUGUUGCGGAUACUGGGGUGGAUGGUCUAAGAAUGGAGGAUGCGGCAGCGACUCCACGAGCGACUUGAUGCGCCUCGAGAAGCAAGUGUCUGUAUUUGAACAGGCUCGCAUGUAUGGCGUUGUUCUGAUGUUUUAUUUGGCGUUAAGUGGGUGUAUAAGCGAUUGGAUAUAGCGUCAUGAUUACGGAGGCAAUCUCUGAUAGAAAAGCGAUAGAGUGAACUUUGCUAUACAGCACAAGGCCCGCAGUCUUCUGCUCUUUGCGAUUCA